AUGGGUUCCACUAAUGAAGAAAAUGGUAGCAAAGGUGGAGUGUGGGUUUUGGAUCAGCAGCUUGAUCAGCCUAUGGACGAGGAGGCCAGGAGGCUUAGAAAUAUGUAUCAAGAAAAGAAAUUUUCGACAGCAAUUCUCCUGCAGCUUGCAUUUCAAAGCCUUGGUGUGGUCUAUGGAGAUCUAGGGACAUCUCCUUUGUAUGUCUUCUACAAUACAUUUCCUAAUGGAAUUGGUGACCCGGAGGAUUUACUUGGAGCCUUGUCUGUCAUUAUAUAUUCCCUCACUCUUAUUCCACUUAUGAAGUAUGUAUUUAUCGUCUGUAGAGCCAAUGACAAUGGUCAAGGUGGAACAUUUGCUCUUUAUUCGUUACUCUGUCGACAUGCCAAACUAAAGGCUAUUCCUAGCCAGGACAGAACAGAUGAGGAGCUAACAACUUUUAGCUCUUCUACAUUUGGUGAGCGAUCAUUUGCUGCAAAAACCAAGAGAUGGUUGGAGGGACAUGCAUUUUUGAAGAGCACACUUCUUAUUCUUGUGCUGAUUGGCUCUUGCAUGGUGAUUGGGGAUGGAAUUCUAACUCCAGCCAUAUCAGUUCUUUCAGCAGUUGGUGGGAUCAAUGUCCGUCACUCACAGAUUAGUAAUGAGAUAGUUGUGCUUUUUGCUGUUGUUAUACUGGUACUUUUGUUUACCAUGCAACACCACGGUACAGAUAAAGUUGGUUGGCUUUUUGCACCAAUUGUACUCCUCUGGUUUCUCUUGAUUGGAGGGAUUGGCAUGUUCAACAUUUGGAAAUUCGACAGUAGUAUUUUAAAAGCUUUUUCACCUUUGUAUGUAUAUCGGUUCUUUAAGAAGGGAGGAAAAGAUGGGUGGACAUCUCUGGGAGGUAUAAUGCUCAGUAUAACAGGAACAGAAGCACUUUUCGCUGACCUGUCCCAUUUCCCAGUCCCGUCAAUACAGAUUGCUUUCACAUGUAUUGUAUUUCCUUCCCUUCUGUUAGCCUACUCUGGUCAAGCUGCCUACCUCAUGAAACAUUCUGAUCAUGUGUACGGUGCUUUUUACCAUUCGAUUCCAGACAGUAUAUAUUGGCCCGUGUUUGUUGUUGCUACUGCUGCUGCUGUUGUUGCGAGUCAGGCCACCAUAACUGCAACUUUUGCAUUAGUUAAGCAGGCCCUUGCACUUGGCUGCUUCCCAAGAGUCAAAGUUAUACAUACAUCAAGGAAGUACCGUCACCAGAUAUAUAUUCCAGAAGUGAAUUGGAUUGUUAUGGUUCUCUGCAUUGCCGUGACGGCUGGGUUUAAAAAUCAAAACCAAAUCGGGAACGCCUCUGGGACGGCAGUUUGUAUAGUUAUGUUGGUGACCACAUUGCUUAUGAUUUUAGUCAUGAUAUUAGUGUGGCAUUGCCAUUGGAUUCUCGUCAUGGUCUUCACUGGAUUAUCAUUUAUAAUAGAGGGCACUUACUUUUCUGCUGUACUCCUCAAGGUCAAUCAAGGUGGUUGGGUUCCUCUAGUGAUAUCAGCAGCCUUCUUUAUUAUUAUGUAUGGCUGGCAGUAUGGUACAGUAAAGCGCUAUGAGAUUGAGGUUCAUAGUAAGGUUUCAAUGGCAUGGAUUCUUGGACUGGGUCCUAGUUUAGGACUGGUUCGGGUACCUGGUGUAGGUCUUGUCUACACUGAGCUAGCAAGUGGAGUUCCCCGUAUCUUCUCUCACUUUAUCACCAACCUACCCGCCAUUCAUUCUGUUGUUGUCUUUGUCUGCGUGAAGUACCUUCCUGUCUGUACAGUUCCAGAAGAAGAGCGGUUCCUUGUAAAGCGGAUUGGACCCAAGAAUUUCCACAUGUUCCGUUGUGUUGCCAGAUAUGGGUAUAAAGAUCUCCAUAGAAAAGACGACAAUUUUGAGAAAAAGCUCUUUGAGAGCCUUUUCAUGUUUCUCCGGCUUGAGUCCCUUAUGGAGGCAUCAUCAGACUCUGAUGUAUCCAGUUUACUUGACCAGCAAACUAGGCAAUCAGGAGAUGGCAGUAAUAACAGUGAUCCUUACUCCGUUGUAGACCUGUCAGUCGCAUCGGAGGACUCAAUCGUGCCAGCUGAUUCUCCAUUGGGCGCAAAUAAUGCUGUGAUAUCCACCCAUCAGGCAGCCAGCCGGGUGGAGAUUGAUGAGAUAGAGUUCUUGAACAACUGUAAAGAUGCAGGGGUGGUGCACAUACUGGGAAAUACUGUAGUAAGGGCCAGGAAGAACUCGAAAUUUUGGAAGAAGAUAGCUAUUGAUUAUCUAUAUGCAUUUCUUAGGAAGAUAUGCAGGGGAAAUAGUGUAAUGUUUAACAUUCCUCAUGAGAGUCUCUUGAAUGUUGGGCAGAUAUUCUAUGUAUAA